AUGUUACAUCUCCUAUUCGACGUCUUGAAUCUUACGUUGUGGCCGGUUGAUGAUGCAACCUUUCGGUUUGACCUCCCUGUGAAUGAGCUGGAACAUCAUCUGCCAGCUGACUACUUCCGCGAGAUCCAACUGCCUGAGUCACAUUCCAUUAUAAAGCCCUCUUUCGAGUUUCAUGGUGAUAUCCAGCAUCAUGUGCUAAAAAUUUUAAACCCGAAAAAGAAGGUGGCUCUGAAGAUGGACUCCACGGUCGCGCAGGACAAAUUUCCAGGGGCGGAACUGGCUUGCACCAUUAUGAAUACCGACGAGUCACCCGAAAACAGUAAGAAAGAAGGCGGCGAUAUACCGUUUAUCAUUGCCAUUGCAGUGGCUCAUGAUAUAGUUUCAUUUAACAAACUUAAUCGUGCAUGUCAGCUGACCAAUGAAAUGGAAAACUUACAUCUUCAAAUGGAGAUGGCUCAAUCGGUUUAUUGA